CAGCAAACAUAAUGAUUCAACCCACCGCUUAGAAGAAGACGGAGAAAACAUUCAUGCUGCAAACGUCGCAUGACUUUCACUUAUAAUAUUUAGUUUACUUCUAAUUUGUAAAUUUGAUACUACUGACCCGUCCCUUAGUAAACAUGGCUGGAAACAUCAAAGAUAAAGAAGCAUACCAGCGCCUUAACUUCCUCUAUCAGGCGGCUCACUGUGUUUUGGCGCAAAAUCCUCAAAAUGUUGAAGUGGCAAGAUUUUACUGCUUUACUCAGAAGACCAUCUCCAAACGACUGGUGCUGAGGCAAGAUCCAUCAGUGAAGAGAAGCAUUUGCAAGAAGUGUUGUACUUUAUUGAUACCAGGUGUCACAUCAACUGUGAGACAGAAAAGUGGACCCAGAGGACAGCGCAAGACCAUCGUUCGAUGUUUAAGUUGUGGACUGACCAAACGAUUUCCAAACAACCCAAAGCAUAAACUAUGGGUGGAUCAACCUGAAGCUCAGCUUGAAAACCAGACCCCACAAGAUGCUGGUCCUUCAUCUAAGUCCACAACCCAAGGGAAAAAGUCAAAUGUCAAAAGUGGUCCAGCUUCCACAACAGAGAAGACUACAGUUUAGACCAAUCUGGCUUGUGAAAGCUGAGACCAUUGGUUACAAAGACAUUAUAUACGUCGGUAUAAAUACAUUAAUUUUUUUAUAUUCGACAAUGCUUUAUUCAGUCUUCAAAUAUUUAUUUUAUCAAGAAGUGAAGUGCAAUAUGUUUAAAAUUAACACUUGAAGUCGCUUUGAAUUGCAAUUCGAAACAGAAACAUCUGCUUUAAUUGCAAUAAAGUAGUCAAGCGAUUCUGUUAUUAAUAUUUUUACGUUUACAUUUGGACUUUUAUCAAAAGAAGGCAUUUGUUUUUUUAUUACCCUGAAGCGCAAGGGAUCCUGAAAUGAAGUGUUGGCUUGAGUAACUGAGCUGUCUUUGAUAUUUGCAUUGUUGUCCAGAUUAUCAUUUACAAGUGUACUUAAAUGCGUUAACUCAUUUUAGCUAAAUAACUUCAAAUUGCUUUGGCAAUUUGUGCACAAGUGUUUCCCUCCGUGUAAUGAUUUCUUGAUGUUCGGCUCUGUGCUGCAUACCCAAGUUGAAUGUAAAAGUUUGAUAUUCCUGCAUUUGAUGUUUAUGAGCGUAACAAAAGCCUCUCUGUGCAUAUCAAUGCACGAUCAUAAAUUAUUAAAAUUUGCAUGCAACAUCCGA